GAUGCAGCAAUGCAGCAUCUGACUCAGCAUAUGAUCAAUGGUCAAUUGAUCACCAAUACUAUCUCAUUGAUAAGGAGGUGCCCUUUCGUGCUUAGUUCCGUCUUCUGUCGGUUCGAAUUAAAAAUUUUCGCAGUCAAAUCAAAUUUGAAACUACUCAAAUCACUUGAACAAUCCGGAGACAUUGUUGAUUCUUCAAGCAGUGUUUAUCAUUGAACGUGUGGUUUUUCCAGUUAUUUGGAAUGCUGAAAGAAGUUCAAUUGAACCGUUUACUCUGAUGGAAGAUUUUCGUUCGAAUUGAAUCUUUGUUCAGACAUCGAGCUGAGCAGAUAAAAUGGCUGAUUCCUUAUCAGCAGUAUACGAUCUGGGCUAUCCGAGCCCUAUCACACUGAAAGAAAUCACAUCCAUUGUAGUAGUUGUGGAAUUAUGGCGUAAGGAGAUCAACGCUUAUCUUCAAAGUAAUAAUCCGGACAAAUUUCAUUUAACUCAACACAUUCGGCCAAAGAAUCUAAUCCCUGAUAUGCCAUCGAUAAUUUACAAUCAACUAUCCGACUAUAUCGUCACGUUUAGAAAAUCGAUCAAGAGUUGGCUGCUGUAUCAUCGUGAUAAAGUUGUCAUUUCGCGAGAUGACAACGAGGACAAGUUUAAUAACAUAUUAAGUCGUUUUCGAGAUUUCUCAUGGGACUGGAAUGGCGCUAUUCAUUACGUUCGUACAGCCAGAAGGAUGAUGCAGUGCGAUCGACUCUCUCUCGAGGAGAAAUUCAGGAUCGCUUGUCUGUAUUGUUUCGAAAAUGAUAUCAAAAGGAUUUGGCCUUCUGUCAGCUCGAAAAUAGAUUUGAGGAAAUUUUGCUUAACUACAUUUCCACAAUUGUUCUACUGGGUAGACGAACUACUCAAGUCACCCCAUACGUAUUACUCGUAUAUUCUUUCAUCAAUGGAGGGAAUUCUCUAUUCGGACAUAUCGGUAAAUCAAUCAUCGCUGGAGUAUUUUUGGAAUCGGUUACCUUCAGAAGGGCGGACGCGACCACCUGUCUAUUUGUAUGGGACACGCGUCGAAUUAUUCGCCAGGUUCAUUUUACCACAAUUGAGCGAACACGAACUUGAAGUGUUUCUCACUAAAUGCGGUUUUCGUUUAAUAUAUACUCUUGUGGUGUGUGAUUUGGGACGAUGGAGCGUUCUUCCUAUUUGGAUGUACAUCAGAAACAAGAUCAGUGGACCUGAAUUCCGUAAAGUAAUUGCGUACCUUUUGCUAUUAGAGAUUAGGGGUGAUCUCCCUGGGUCAUCGAAACUGAAGAUUGUUAUGUAUCUUUGUGAUGAGAUAUGGUGCAGUGCUCCUCGACACUUAAAACAACCGGUAUUUGAUUAUUUGUUGUUGGAACCGUCAUCGUUUCUCGGAUCCAGGCGUAGAAUUAUGCCAACGAAACCGAGACAAAUGAAAUUGUUAAUCGCCAUAUUACGCGAUGCCACUUUCGAAGAGAGAAGCUCAUUUUGGCACAAACAUUGGACUUCUUUGAGGCGCGGCGCUGUAAUCGAAGAUUUACUCGAAAUGACCAAGUUGUGCUUUCGAAACGAAGACGAAAUAAGUUUAUUUAAAAACGACAUUAUGAGCGCGUAUGAAAAUAACGAUUAUUAUUGCAUCUUUUUCCUGAAUGUAGGUGCUAUCGAUAAAUUAAACGAGUAUUUGGAUUUUUGCUGCCUCGACGAGCAAAAAAGAAGGCAGCAGAAACAGCGAAUAUUAUUACUUGCAAACCUUGCUGUAAGGGUUAGCUGGGGUCUGUAUCGCACAUUCAAGCCGCUGAAUAAGUUCAUCGAUGAUGCUUUUGAAAGGAACGAUGUUAGCGUUGAAUUCAAAAACCAAUUCAUUUCAUCUCCGAUUACCAAACAGUUUUUAUUCACAUGUAUUCGCGAAGGUGACUUCUUUCCUCUUAUGGAUUUCGUUGAUACUUUCGUUUUGGAGCAACCGGUCAUCGAGUCGCUGAAAACCCGUUUAUACGAUUAUUUCAAAAAGCAGCUGAUUACUGGUUGGUUUAGUGCUGUUCAGCCCGUAAAUCCCGAUCAAGUACGAAGAAUUUUGAUGUGGUUUUUGGGUAACGAAGACGAAGUUACCAGAUUCAAGCAAUCGUUACCGGUGGAUGAUAUUUUUCGUAACAUCGUGCAUUCGAAACCGAAAAACAGACCAAGUAAUAGGAGAGGUGGCAGAAGACGCAAAAAAAUUCAUGGCAAGAUCGAUAAUUUUUUGAUGUGGUAUUUUAACGAAGACGAUGGAAAAAUUUGCCGUUUUAAGAAACGGUUUCCCCAUGAAUUGAAGUUGUUGGAGCCUUGUUCGUAGAAAUUGUGCGGUUGUUGAAAUUGAAACCGGUUUUUAUAAUUAUUUCGCGUUUUAUUUAUUUGGUUGCAAAUUGUAUUUUGAAAAUACGUUAUACCUAUUGGUACUUACCUAUGCAUUAUAUUUUUAUUCACAGUUGAAUUUGCAUUUUUUUUAGUAAAAUUUGCAACAUUGGUAUAUUUUAAUUUCAUGCAUUGUUAUCAUUGCAUUUUGUUGAUGUGUUUUUUGCAUUUACUUGUUAUGUGUCAAUAUAUUUUUAUGCUGUUAUUA